GGCAUUUGCUACCCAAAUGCAAAAUAUCCUUAAAUUCAGAAUUAUCAUUAACUUGUAUUUGUCUAAAUGUAAGCUCAUGCUCCGGCAUUCCAAAUAUAAAUUUAACUAGCACUUUAAACGUGAAUUCCCCACAUUCACAAAAAUGUUAUAAACACGAGUAAAACGACAUCGUUUUGAAUGAUAGGUAGGCUAAUUUGUUCCUAAUGCAUCUGACUCCGACCAUAUUUGUAUUCAACUUCAAGCAACAUUCUAAGAACGCCCAUCUGACAACAACCAUCCAGCCUGGACCCCAUUUGGAACUAUCAUUAAAAUAACGUUGCACUGUCUAUAAAAUGGACACACAAGAAGCCAACAAAUUUGAAGGAUUCAAAAAAACAGUAAUGAGUCAGCCAAGAAUGACUGGAACAGUGGUCGUCCAAACCAGAUGGCAUUCACGCAUGUUGGAAUGUUGCAUUGACAAAAGAGUGUGUAUGUGUGGCGCCUUCUGUCCUGGAGUGCUGUCCUGCCAGAUGGCCGAGAAGUAUGGAGAAUGUUUCUGUCUCCCCAUUUUGCCAGGAGCUAUGAUGAUGAUGCGUACAGGAAUGCGGGAGAGAUACAAUAUCCCUGGUAGCAUUGUGGAUGACUGGGCGGUACAUAUGUGCUGUGGCCCAUGUGCACUGUGUCAGAUGGCUAAAGAAAUUAAGCACAGAAUGCGCUGAAAAGAAGCACAAUUUCACAACGUAAAUGCAUAAGUAUGCAUGUUAAUAAAAGUUCAGAGUACUCGAAGACUUGAACUAAACUCCAAACUCAUUACCUCUUUUUUGACUCAUCCCAUACCAGAUAUUAUGUCCCCGAAAGAAUAAGAAUACAAGACAAAUCACACAUUCC